AUGGAUAUAAAAGACCUAAUAGUGAGAAUACUUGAGGGCAGGGAUAUAGGAGUGACUGGGGAGAUACAAUCCAUGGAAGGAGACGUCGGAGAUCCUCAUGAAAUUCCAACAAACGAUCUGCUGAAGUAUACUGCUCCAUAUAUCAAAGGAACCGUGAGUGAUAAGGAUGGGAAUAGAGCCGAGGCUCUCGACCUCUUCAAGGAGUAUUGCGAAGACUGUGAGUAUUUAGGACUUGUUGGAAGAGAAACUGUAGAGUUAUGCAAGGGAAAUGGAAGAGAUAACAAGAUGAGGCUGUGGAGGAAGGCUAAGGAAUUUAAAUAUGACUUUAUAGACUGGGAUGAUAGGGAAUGGGUAAUGAAGCUGCUUGAGUACUUUUAUGUUUUGUCGAUGAGGAACAUUGAGCAUCUGAGUAGAGAGAUCAUGCUGCUUCGGGAUACAGAUGAUAGGAAGCCCAGCGGAAGGGAUGGAAUUGAGUGCAUAAGAGUCGACUCUCGUGGAAGAAUUGAAAAUAUGCUGGUUAAAAGAAACAAUCCUACCAUGACUCUUGACGAAUUUGCAGACAAGAUAAUGUCAAGCAUGGAGAAGACUGGGGCUCCCUCGGCUGAAGAGGAUGAAUCUUCAAGCACUUCAAGCGAUAAGCACUCGAGGUCGGAGCUUCUGAAAAGAGACGAGGAAAGAGAUGAAAGGGAGAUAAAUCGCGGAAACACAACAGGAGUAGGGUAG